CAAAAAGAAAAACCUAGCUACUAGCUAGCCUACUACAAUGUCGAACCACAAAGAGCCACAGCCGCCAAAACCUCUGAUGAAGCAACAGUCUUUGCCACUAGACGUAAACCGCGAAGAGGCUUGGCUGCGGAUGAAGAAGAGGCAUCCAUCAGAUCGUCUUCGUCGCAGCAAGAGCUGCGUCACAAACGACGAUAUCGAGGAGCUCAAAGGCUGCUUCGACCUAGGGUUUGGGUUUGAGCCAGAUUCUCCUGACUUUAAUCCAAGACUCUCCAAAACAAUCCCAGCUUUGGAUUUGUACAGCACCAUUCAAAGACAGUACAGCAACCAUUUGUCCCGGACCUCGUCGUCUGCGUCGGAAAAUGACGUCAGCAACUCUAGCACCACGACUAUCGUCAACAAAGAUGAUGAUGGAAAGACGAUGAAGAAGAAGCUGAAACAAUGGGCUAAGGUGGUUGCGUGUUCUGCGAGUCACUCCUCCGGCAAACCAAAUUGAUGAAAAUGCUAUAUCUUCGAAGUUUCUUCUAGUUAUGUCCGAAGAAUGGCAUUUUUGUAAUAUAAUUGUUAAAAAACU